AUGGGCGUUGACAUUUCACACGCACCCAAGAGGCUCAGCUGCAUCAAGUGGUGGGCUAUGCGUGCAAGAAAACGCCAUGACAUGACGGCAUUCUGGGUACAGGGUGCUGCUGUCAGUUCCCGGACAAGACGCGGACAAGAAUUCGGGGUGUUGGGCUGCUUGUUUGAAGAUAUCCCCGAUCAAGCAGGUACCUUACCUCGCAAACCUACCUGCUACCAUGUACCUAGCCUAGUAUCUAACGGUAGUAAAUACAAGCAGGACGCCAGUAACGUUUCAGUAGCUAAGCUGACUCCUCUAGGCUCUUCCCAACCGCCGGUUGGCGGCGGGACGCUGAUCACCAUUUUCCCUGCUCUUCACGAAGAGGGAACAGGAUUAAUGUGCCACCGACGUGUGUUGGUGUUGCCAGAUAUGACUAAAUGUACGAUAAUCCUUGCUACUGCUACUGCUACUGCUACACUCCAUCUCCUUUCUGGCACCCACCUCUUUACGCAAAACGAGGCAAUCACUGAGACGGGGCAUCCGUCUAUUGGCUGUCGAACGCGGUCAGGCAUACCCACCAUCCACCUCGAUUGGUUCCCGUAG